UUUGUUAUCAAGACUGGUUGUGAUUUUUUCAGUUUUCUUUGGUGCCUUUAAGUCAAAAAUUCAUUCCGAAAGUUCUGAUAUCAUUUAAGGGAAAGAUUGCUCUACCAUUCCAAUCUCAUGCCUCUCUUUGAAGCAGCAGGAAAAUUAGACCAUGUUCUGCUAUUGCAAUUGCAAGAUUGUCCCAAAAUUUACAGGCUGUAUCAUCAUCUUUGCCUGUAGAUUUGCUGGUAGAAAGCUCGCACUUGAAGAAAUAUUUUUUGAGGUUUACCAUAGUUUAUUCUGCAGUAAACACCAGAUUUUUGUUUGUGUAUUUCCAUGCUAGGAACAUACAAACUUGUUCCAUCAUAAUGUGCUGAUUAUUAAGAAGUGAGAUUGUAUCAAUUUCUGCAUGUUGCCAAUCAAUGAACGGUCAAUGACACCAUCCAUAUAGCAGGGUGCAGCGGUAGUUCAAAUGUUGUUGUUGGCCUGGCGAUGGACUUGAGGAAUAUGGUGUUUCCCUCGGCAAGGCAUUUCAAAAGCCUCCCUCCUCUGGUACGCACGGCUGCCAGAGGACGAGCGGCUGAACAGACGUGCCUGGCCUUGCUCCAAGGCUGCGAGUCUCUCCCCGAACUCCUCCAAGCCCAGGCCUUCCUCCUCAAGUCCGGCCUCCAAGCCAACCCUCUCGUUCUCACCAAAUUCACCUCCACCGCCUCUUCCCUCGACGCCGUCGAUGCCGCCACCUCCCUCCUCUUCUCCCCCCGUGCCGCCACCCAUCUAUACGACGACUUCCUCUUCAACACCGUCAUCCGCUCCCACGCCGAGUCCCACCGCCCCGACUCCAAGCAAGAAGCCAUCUUUUACUACUCCCUCAUGCUCCGCCGCCGCCGCCGCCCCAACAAGUUCACAUUCCCUUUUCUCCUCAAGGCCUGCGCUGGCCUCCCCCAUGCCCAUGGUGUCGGUUCCCAGGUCCAUGCCUCGGCCGUCAAAUUUGGAUUCGCCGAUGAUUCGUACGUGCAGAACACCCUCAUCCGCAUGUACUCCGGCUCCAGCACCAGCCUUGAUUCUGCUCGCAAGGUGUUCGACAGGAUUCCGAGGUCCAGCCCGGUCACCUGGAGUGCUAUGAUCGCCGGCUAUGUCCGGUCGGGCCUGUCCAACGAGGCCGUGGCUCUCUUUCGGGAGAUGCAGGUCGGCAGAGUCCGUCCUGACGAUGUCACCAUCAUCACAGUGCUCUCUGCCUGCGCUGACUUGGGGGCUCUCGAGCUCGCAAGAUGGCUCGGGUCUUACAUCGAGAGGGAGAGCAUACCGAAGAGUCUGCCUUUGUGCAAUGCUCUGGUGGACACCCUUGCCAAAUGUGGGGACAUUGAUGGUGCGGUGGCUCUCUUCGAGAGAAUGCCGGAGAGAAGCAUCGUGUCAUGGACGUCGGUGAUCGAUGGGCUUGCAAUGCACAGCCGUGGGAGUGAAGCGGUCUGCAUCUUCGAGGCAAUGAAGGAUGCUGGCGUGCCCCCCGAUGAUGUAGCCUUUAUCGGCGUCCUCACUGCAUGCAGCCAUGCUGGCAUGGUUGAUGAAGGAUGCCGCUAUUUUGAUUCGAUGAGGAGAGAAUUCGGCAUCGAACCCAAAAUUGAGCACUAUGGAUGUAUGGUGGAUCUGUUUAGCCGAGCAGGGAUGGUCGAGCGGGCAGUGAAUUUUGUUCGAACGAUGCCAAUCGAGCCAAACCCGGUGAUAUGGAGGACAUUAGUCAGUGCUUGUCGCAUCCAUGGUAGGCUUGAGCUUGGCGAGAGCAUCAAUAAGCAACUUCUUGAGGAGGAUCCGAUGAACAGUUCGAAUUAUGUAUUGUUAUCUAAUGUCUAUGCAUCGACACGCCGGUGGGACAAGAAGUGGGAGAUCAGGAAGGUGAUGAGCAAGCGUGGGAUUAGGAAGGUGCCUGGAAGCAGUUCGGUGGAGCUAGAUGGUGAGAUCUACGAGUUCAUUGCCGGAGAUACAUCACAUUUGCAGUCUAAGGAGAUCUAUGAGAUGGUGGAGGAGAUUGGGAAGAAGUUGAAGAGAGCAGGGUAUGUGCCAAUAUCUUCAGAGGUACUGCUCGACAUUGAUGAAGGGGAUAAGGAGGAUGCAUUGCAUUGGCAUAGUGAGAAGUUGGCCAUUGCUUUCAUGUUGCUGAAGACUCCUCCGAGGACACCAAUUUGGAUUGUUAAGAAUCUGCGGGUGUGUGCAGACUGCCAUUUAGCAACAAAAUUCAUUUCUAAGGUGUAUGAUCGUGAGAUCACAGUGAGGGAUCGGAAUCGGUUUCAUUGUUUUAAAGAUGGGUUCUGUUCAUGUAAAGAUUUUUGGUGAAAGGAACGCAUCAACUGGAUGCUUGUCUGAACAAGGAGUGAGUGAGCUUAAACUUGCUAUCGGCCCAAAAG